AUGCCCAACCUCCUGUUGAGCCUACCAGACGAGGUAUCCGGGGAAGGCGCAUGGCCCAAAGCUGUGGAGGGCCUCACGACUUUCUACAUCCAUGACAUGUCCAUAGGCUGUAGAAGAGGUUCCGAAGGCCGAGAAGCUGCAUGGAUACAGGCGAACUCACCAACCUACCUCCCGUUCAACCUGGCAGUGUACGACAGUGUAUGCCAGCCGAAGAGAAUCAGGUCUCUGAACGACCGUGGCCAUGUCGGGGGCGAUGCUGAAGUGCCCACCGACCCAUCUUGUCAAUUGGCUAGCGAAGAGUCUUCCGGGCUAACAGGGCUGUUGCCACAUGGCGUGAACAAGCGAAGCGGUGGGUUUAUCUUUGAGCCAGUUAAACGCCAACUAAAUAUCAUCGGCGUCUUGGUGUCUCGAUACACCGGUUUUGUCGUUGUCGUGGUUCGUGCUGCGUCGCUGUCCCUGCGUUAUGUGCCAAGAUUUCUCGGUGUCCGGGUGUGGUGGCAUCUAAUGAGAUGUCCCGGUGUUCCAUGUUCCGGCGUCUACGUGGUCGUGGAUUGGGUCUCGAGGCGGCCCAGUGUUUCGGAAGCCCUCUUGUCCGGCGAGCCAGGCGUCGAGCAGAGGCACAUGGUGCCACCUGGUAUCGUGGAGAAUGGAGGACAGCGCGAUCACUUGGUAACUUUGGACCUGGUUGCUGGAUAUCAGCACGUAUGGCAGGAGAGACGGAAGGAGGUGAUAGCACGGCUCCGGCAUGGAUUCUGGAAUAAGCUUGGCGCCCUCCUACAUGCUCUCCCUGUACGUCACCUGCUUAUCAUGGGCUUUGACGUCAAUUCUGGCAUCAAACCGCUACCUGGCCUCAUAGGACGGGGGGUUCUUCAAACUGAGCGUCACGCUGACCCUGACUUCGAGGCGCUACUGCAGGCUCACCACAUCACUCUCCUAAAUUCUUGGGGAUCUGCCGCACCCAGUAAGAGUCACACUUUCCGCAAUCAACAGGUGCGCACGCAGCUUGAUUUUAUCAUGACUAGGCGUCUCACUGCUGAUCCGGAAGCACGCCGGGCCUGCCCGGUCCACCUCGACCUGAUGCCUUGGAGAAGAGGACCCAAGCACAGGCCCGUGGUUGCGAGCUUACUUUGGGUUGCGGGAUGGACACGAGCCAAGCCUGCGCAUCCUGGAGGUUGCUCCAUGCGUCAGUUGCGCUGUGCUGCAGCGAGUGAGGGUGCAGAAGCUGAGCAGGUGCGCAUCCGCACGCCGGACGGAAAGCUGCUGGAUCAGAAGCAGGAGUUUCAGGCGAUUUAUGAGGGCUUUCAGCAGGCUGCUGAAGUGCCGUCAGAGCUACGCAUUGCGGUCCUUGCGAUCCAUGAAUCCUGCAAGUAUAAGGUUAAGCACGGCAAUUUUCGUGAUUCCUUUGAUAUGCAGGUUGGGGUUCGACAGGGGCGUGCUUUAUCACCACUUUUAUAUGCCCUGUACACAGCUUGGUUGUACGAUCGCAUUGCCGAAGCCACCUCACCACAGUGGGCUGCCGCCUUCAUGACGAUAUUUGCAGACGACAAACAUCUGUCGUGGGAGGUGCAGGACAUAGCGGACUUGACUUUCGUCUGCAAAUGUGUCCAGGUGACCUUUGAUCUGCUCAAGCAGAAUGGGAUGCAGGUGCCGCUUCGCAUCAUGCAAGUAUCGCAAAUAGUGUAUCUUGGGGUAGUUGCCAGCGACACCGGUUUUGAAAUGCAGACGUUUAUGCAUAGGCAAAAGGCUGCGGCGCAAAACCGUCAGCGCCUGCUCAAACUCUUGCAUUCGGGCGUGCUGUCCCUGACCCAGCGUGUGCGGCUGUAUCGAGCCUGCGUGGUCAGCUCAUUGCUCUAUGGCCUUCAUGCAGUGGGCCUGACACUGCCCGUACUGAGAGUGCUAGAUGCCACUGAUGCACGUGCCUUACGAGCAAUUGCGAAGUCCCGGCCCAUCUCUAUCAUGAGUCAGAAGCUUAGAACUCGACUUAGUGUCCCCUCCCCGGCUGACAUGCUGACUAAAUUGCUGCGAAAGCGCUGCCUGGCACUGCACAGUGACACCGAGCGUCGCUGGUUUCAAAUGCAGUUGGAUCAGCUGACUGGGGUUUCGUCGCAAGAAAUGCCUUCUCAGGAGGUGUUUCUUACUCGUGCUGGAGUCCCGGGUGUGCCAUGCACUGUGUGUGGCGUUGUUUGCAUCAAUCGUCAGCACAUGCUAUCUCAUAUGGCUAGAAAGCACACGGAAGAGUACGCCCGCAUGGCGUGUCCUGUCUUACACGGCAAAGAGCCUCCAAUGACAUCUGCAGAUGCAGUGCUUGCGGAUCCAGGGUCGAGCAGCAUGGCAGCACCGAUGGAGACGGAGGAGCGCCAGCGUGCAGUGGUGGCCCAGCAGGAGCUGCUAGCUCUGGGCAUCACGAGCCAAGCUUCGGCAUCGGUCCAGGCGGACGAUUGGUGGAAGGAGGCCAAGGACUGGUCCCAGGACAAAGGGCAGAGCCAGAAGUGGAGGCGGCCGUCGUCGAAGGGAACGGGGCGCCAGCCGGGCCAAUGGUCUUCCAAGCGGAAGUCUCCGGAGGAGGAGACAGCCACCUCGGGCACGGUCGAUCACCAGACCCAGGUGCUGCUCCAGAUGAUGACCCGGAUGACGUUGCGACACGAUCAGGAAUUGUGUCGACUUCGUCAGGAUACCUCCUUCAUCAUGUUCAGCGAUGUCGGAGACCAUGGCUGUUUGCAGAAACUCCGCGAAACAGCGGAGAACUGGCAGGAGCAGUUCGUGCAAGGCCGAGUCUCCCUCAAAGUGAUCAUGAUGUUAGCCCUGCCGAAGCUCCUGCAGAAGCCCUGGACAAGGAAAGAGGUGGUGGCAAAGCAGCAGCCACUAAAGCACCAAGAGGUCCUCGCCCUGCUGGACCAACUGAACCAGGCAGUGCCCCAGCCGGGAGUUCUGACCGGCUUCAAGAACACCAAGUCCAUGAAAACGGCCCAGGCCGGGCUCCGACCGCCCGCUGCAGCCGCAGUCCACGCCGGACUCCAAAAACUAUCUGGAUGUUCCUGCAUGAAGCUGGUUGCAAGCCGCCUUCGCCCGGACCGGGGACAACGACCUCAGCUGGCCAAGCAGCUGGAAGCGGCGUUCCAGGCCACGGCGUACUGCGACUGGACGGCGAGGCGCCACCAGUAG